ACACCAGUGUGGUCUCCUGCGGAAAUUUGGGUGAUGAGAACUUUCUUUUCAAACCAAACUGAUCGAAAUAGGAAACCUGGGACGACGCAGAAAUGGUCGGUUUAAUAUUGGUUUGUUCGGCGAUGGUUUCAAUUGUGCCGGUUGACAGUAGGAGAAUUGUUGAUCUCUCAUAUGAUUUGGAAUUUAACAGUAUGACGUAUCCAUUUAAUCCCAGAUUCAACCUCUCGGUACAGCAUAAAGGACCGUAUGGACUCGCCCCUUGGCUGCAGUUCGGGAACGUGGAAUUUGCAGUGCACACUGGUACACAUGUAGACUCUCCAAACCACUUUCGCAAAGGAGGACUGCAGGCUCAUGAAAUCAAGAUAGAACGGCUUAUGGGGCCAGGGGUGGUGAUCAAUGUCAAGGACAGGGUCGUUCAAAACAUAGACUAUCAGGUCACUGACAAAGACCUAAUGGCUUGGGAGGCUGAGAACGGUCAGAUUCCCAAGGGAGCCAUCGUACUCAUGAACUCCGGCUGGGGCGCAAGGUAUCCCGAUUUUGUACACGUUUACAACUCGACAACGUAUCAAGAUGACUUUUCUUCUCUGCACUUUCCAGGAAUCCACGAAAAUGCUGCACAGUGGCUUGUCAACAAUCGUAACAUCCAUGCUGUAGGCGUAGACACGCCCUCGGGAGACUACGGACAAAGCGAAACCUUCCCCGUACAUCGACUAUUGUUUACGAAAAAUAUCCUUAUAAUUGAAAAUGUGGCAAACAUGGACAAACUUCCAAACAGUGGAUCGUACAUAUAUCUCCCCAUGAUCAAGUUCAAGGGAGCUUCCGGUGCGCCUGCGCGUAUGUUCGCUGCCAUCGAAGACGAGGGGGACAGAACAAACAGCGCAACAGCCUUUGCUUCUCCUCUGUCGGCUGUUGGAUGCAUAUUGUUGCUGACAAUGUACGUGAUCUGAGUUUUAAACUGAUACUAUAUGAAUCAAACUGCCGAACGUUAUUGAGGUUCCAGUGUUAAUGUAUCGUAAAAUGUACUGUGUGUUAUAUUUCUGUUGAUCAGCGAACCAUUGUUAUACAAGAUAUAAAUAAAUAUAACACAAAACUGAUAUAUCUAUUCCGCGAACCAUUAUUAUUGGA